ACAUGUAAUUUUAACCUCUUUCAAAGAGUUCUUGAUUAUGAAUUUAGGAUUUACAAUGAUUAAGUUAUGUUUGAGUAAUUUUGUUCCUGUACCAUUAAUGAUCAUAACGUGUAAAGUAAUAACAAAUUGGGUUCACUUUCUGUGAGGAAAUAUUCAUAGGUAAAUGGAUCAUUCCUGGCUUCUCGAUGAUGAUGAUUUAGAUAGUUCUAAUUCUGAAUCAGAAACUGAAACUCAAACUGAACUAGAGAACCGGCUAUACUCCAUAGUCCAUCACAAUGACUUGAGUCAACCACUGCCUCCUGAAUUGGCCAAGCAUUACUCAGUACAUUCAGAUGGUAGUGGUGAAGUUGUUGUAACAUUAAAUGAUUCUUUGGAGGAUAUAAAAUUAGAAGAAAGCAAAAAUGUGAAUAGUCAAUUAGACAAUAUCGAGUCAAUUGAUACCAGUACUACUACAUCGGCUGUUGGCAAUAGUGAUUCUUUAGUCACUGGUGUCAAAAAGACUCAAACCAUCCAGAAUAUUAAAAAAAGAUUCCGGUACAGUGAUAUAAAUCUUGAUGACUCCAGCUCAUUAAAAGAUUUUAAAGAAGUGCAACAAGAAGCAACCACACAGGAUAUAAAUUAUUUUCAAUUACAGCCAAAUUUCUUUUCUGGUAAAAGAAAUAAGCAAUUUGCAAAUCUAGUUAUACCUAUGCAUUUUCAGAAUGAAGCUCCAAAUUGGAAAACUAGUGCAAAUUCUAGUUUUAUAUCAUUUGAAUCUAAAAAAAAAUCAAAAAAAAUUAUCAGAAAAAUGGCAAAUUCUCUAAUAGAAGUAAAUCCUGGAGUUAAGAGAGAUAUUCUGUUUAAUUGUGCUCAAUUACUGUUUAGGAAAAAUGUUCAGGCUUUCAAAAAGAAUGAAAUAAUGCAACAUAAAAAAGCUAUUAGUCAACGGACGAAUAAGUCAGACACCUCAAAUAAUUUACCUAAAACACAAGGUAAUUUAAGAAAUAAUUCCAAGAUAAAUGAUAAUCAAGUAAAUCGUGUAAAAAAUGUACCUAAAGUAAAAAGUAAAGAUAGAAUGAGUGGAAGCAUUUCCUUGAACAUUUCUCCCUUUAAACCAUUUCCACAGGUGAUAGAUUUGGUAUCUGAAGAUGAGAAGAAUUCUCUAGUAUCAAAUAGUCCUCCACUUGACUCUGAAUCAUCUACAAUAGACUUGACUUCUGAAAACAGACAGACUACCUCAACAGAAUGUAAAAAUUCAAUACCCAAGACCCAAGUAAAGAGAUCUAAAAAACUGUCACGUACGCAUAUUCCUGAUAAAUGGAGCAAAUCAAUGGUUGAAUUUUAUACUUUGCCUUCAAAGGAAUUAAUGAAUAUGGAUCUCAGUGCAGUAUUUGAACAAAUGAAAAAAACGACAAAACCAAGUGAUUGGAAGCUAGAUCCAAGAGACCAGGCUGGUGUGUAUCAGCGGACAACCCCAAAGGGUAAACACGCUUGUCGUAGAUGCCCCAACUGUCAUGAACGUGGCCACUUGGCACGGGAUUGCCCUAAGCCUAAAAAAAUACCAGUUUGUUGCCUAUGUGGUGAAUCAUUUCAUACAGACUACUCAUGUCCCAACAAGGUUUGCCUAAAGUGUGGAGUGUACUUACCAAGUAACGGCUACACUGGGGAGUGUGACACAUGCUACUAUAGUACGCUGGAGUGUGAUGUUCCCUGUGAUAUCUGUGGGAAAGUCACGCACCGGUCCUCUGUGUGCCCAGAUCUUUGGAGAAGUUUUCAUGCUACUACUUCAGGAGAGAAGAAAAUACCUUCUGUUGUAAAUGAAAACAAACGAAAAUACUGCUGCAACUGUGGCCAAAAGGGCCAUUUUUCACACAACUGCCAUUUACUGUCGUAUGCUGGUCAACAAACAAGUCCAUUUGUUACAAACUAUUCAGCCCAGCCUUUAGAGAAAGGAAUAGCUGAAGUUCUGGUUGCUGAACAUUACUCAUAUUUAGUUAACAACAAUGAGAUGAAUUCAUUCCUGCAGCAUCUCUCAAAUUCCACUUCUGCUAUAAUUGUCAUUGAAAAGAGAGAAACAAAUUUUGUAUUUAGAAUAAGUGGCACCUUUGAACAAUGCAACAAAGUCAAGGCCGAAAUAGAGGGAUAUGUUAACACGAAAAAGAGAAAAAGGAAUUCACCUUCUCACAAGAAGAAGAAACAAAGAUUACGAUACUGAAACAUUGAGUAACUGUAUAUUAUCAAUAAAAUACUAUUUUUUUAUAAACUUGACAUUUCUCACGGUGAUUUAAUGUUUGUAAAACUGAUAAUGACCAUUGUAUUUAUUAAAUAAAUGUGGUUAAUUGUUUACUUAUAAACAUAAUCACAGUGAACUUAA